CGGUAGCCACGGCUUCAUUGAAGUAUAUAAGCAGUUUGCAAUAGCGCAGCAAUUCACUUUGGUCAAAAACCUUUCCCACUUUACCUAUCGAAAACCCUGCCACCACAAAAAUGUUCGCCCACUUGCGUACUUGCGCUCUGAUAAUCGUGGAUUGGGUCAUGAGUCCAUUGCGAUGGGCGUUUACAUACACGGAUUCAGCGGAGAUUCGGAGUUUAUUGGCUUCGGGUUCUUCAAUGCAGCCUAGGUUUCAGCGGACACUUGCGAAUAGACGCCUCGGGUACCACUCGGGCCUGCGACACAGCUUCGAAAACAACCAUCUUCCCUCCCACGACGACCGUCUCAGAACCAUCGCAUCUAUGGUCCGUAAUCUCUCUCCCGAGCAACACAGCAUGUCGUUCCGCACGUACAUCCAGUCCAUCGCCUUCACCAGCGUCCUGAUCGGCUUCCUCGGUGCAACGCUGAGCGAGCUCGACCCCGAAGAUGUCGCCUUCGUCACAUCCAUGCUCGACCAGCUCUGCACGCGAGCCCCUGCCCGCCCCGAGCAACUCCAGCGUGUCCACAGCAUUUUGAGGCAGUGGCUGCACGAGCGCUACGAAGACCCGCUUGACUACAUCAUGCCCGCAUACGAGACCAUUUGGAGUGUGGUCGCGUCGACGGUCGCAAUGGUGUACGACCAAGACGAUUACAAGUCUGCGUUCCUCGACUUCGGGGAGAACCCUACGCCCCGCCAGUUCGAGGCGCCCAGGCAGGGAGGGAGGAUGCCGAGCGCCGAGGCGGUGGUGAUGGAGAUGCUCCGCAUGCAUCCGCCGAACCGCCAGAUAUAUAGGGAAACGCUGCUCGUCUCGUGGCCGUUCACGGUCUCGGUGGUGCGGAUCGCGGAUAUUAACGUGGCGCAGAGGUCGAGGGCGUGGGGUGACAAUUCGAAUGUCUUCGACCCAAGCAGGGAGGGCCUGACUCAGGGACAGCAGAGCGAGGAAAGGCCGAUGCUGGCGUUUGGACAUGGGAGGUUGAAGUGCCUUGGGGCGAGGUGGGCGCCGAUUGCGGUUGGGGUCAUUGUUGCGAAGGUGUUGGAGAACCUAGACAAGGUUCAGUGGAGGCUCGAAGGAGAUG